GAUGCCUCGGACUUCAGUUUGACUUUGACAAUCAAAUGAGUUUUCAAGCUUUAAUGUAUCAAGCAUAGCUCCAUGAGCACUCCCCGGCAUUCAAAUCAAAACUGUUGAUUCAAUGAUUUUUCAAUUUACAUACCUGGAACUUUCUUUCGGUCAAUGAUUUGCUUCGUACACUUCGAAGGAAAGGGAUGUAGACACGAUAGAAGAUACCGGCGAAAUAGUCGAUAAGUUAUUGCUGUUUGUCUUCUGAAAUGUCAUCGUAUCACCAUCUCGGGAAGGUUAUCUGGGCCCCAAGAAAAUACACAAUACACAAGCCCAAGUCCGAACCUUGCAGCCCAUUAGAUCGACGCAGUAUCGCAAUACAGGCUAUGCAAUGGAGCGAGGGACCAUCAUUAUCUUUCCUAAAAUUUAUUCAGUAUAUCUGGGUGCCUAUUUCAUUCGGUGUGAUAAAACAUGUUCAGGCGACCUUUUUACUUCGCUCUCGCUGCAAUUUUUGCCUAUAUAGCAUAUUUAUAUGCCGGAACAUCAACACAGAGCGAAGAAAGCACCGCUAAAAAAACUGGAAAAUUUCCCGGAAAGAAUAAUACUGUUUUACUUAUCACCAAUAGUGAACACGGAUUAGCAAAUGUCUUUUUGGCAACUAGUCAUGCUUUGCUAGUCGAAUACAAUGAUCUGGAUAUUCAUUUCUUGUCAUUUGAGAAGCUAAAGAACGACAUCACUACUAUUUCCAAAUUUGCACGAGAUGCAGGAAGUAAAAAAGCUAUUACUUUCCACGAGUUGAAAGGACUAUCAUUUUCAGAUUCUUUCAACAGUGAUGGUUUUGACGUUGAUGCGGCCAUCAAUGGACCUGGAAUUGCUGAUUUAAACAGAUUUGCCAGUAAUGUGGAAACAUGGCUGAUGCCCUGGACAGGUCCUGAUCAUCUUGGUAUCUAUAAAGAAGUAUCUGAUAUAUUAGAUGCUGUAGAUCCGGCUGUUGUAGCUGUUGAUCCAUUGUUUGGUCCUGCCAUCGAUGCUGUGAGAGCUCAGGGACGCAACCAUGCUAUUAUCUCGCCGAACACUUUAAAGGAUACUCUCGCACAAUUUCAACCUUGGGGAGCUAUACUUUGGAAAUAUCCAGUUAUAAGUUCAGCAUUUCCAUAUCCAGUGCCCUGGUACCUCAUCCCUUCGAACAUAUACAGGAACCUCCGUCUCACGUACAGCGUGUUAGUUGGCGCGACUAUCUCUUACAAGCGUGCAUAUCUCAAAGAAAACGGAAUCGCAAACCCCUUGGAUUUUUCCACCGUCUAUCAUAAAGACUAUCUAUGGUUAACCCAAAGUUCUGAAGAAAUCGAUUAUCCUUUUGAUGUCAUUCCCGAAAAUGUAGUCCAAUGCGGACCGAUCUUCCUCUCCACAGCACCAGCCUCAGAACAAGAUCCAGAAUUAUCUGAAUGGCUUAAAAAUUCUCCAACGGUAUUGAUAAACCUAGGAAGUACAGCAAACUACGACCUCAAUACCGCAACCGAAAUGGCAAAAGCAAUCAGAAUUCUACUCGACAACACUAACGUCCAGGUAUUAUGGAAAUUUAACAAACGUCACCCAUUCACCGAUGAAUUUCUUGCUAUAAUCUCUCCGGAUCUCGAAUCAGGACGUGUCAGAAUGUCCAAAUGGAUAAAUGUUGAUCCAGCCGCAUUGUUAGAGACAGGAAAUAUCAUCGCUUCAGUUCAUCACGGAGGAGCGAAUUGUUUCCACGAAGCUAUUGGAACGGGGAUCCCUCACGUGGUUCUUCCCAUGUGGGCCGAUCUUUAUGAUUUCGCAGUGAGGGCUGAGUACCUGGGUGUGGGGGUUUGGGGUAGUAGGAAGGCGGCUCCUUAUUGGAAAGCCGACGAAUUAAGCGCUGCAUUUUUGCAAGUCGUAGGGGAUAGCGAAGAAGCUAUUUCAAUGCGCAAAAAAGCAAGAGAAUUAAGUUUGCCAUACAAGGCAAAACCAGGUCGUAUAACCGCAGCUCAUGAACUGGCAAAAUUAGCACGAUUCCCGACCUCAUCACUAUGAUUGAGGACCCGAGAGCCAAACAAAACAAAACAAUUUUCAUUGUGAAUAACUUUUGCAUAAUAAAAUGAAGAGCA